AUGAAAAUAGUUCAAGCCCCUUUCUUUGCCUUCUUUUUUUUCUUUUCUGUUUUUUGUUUUUUCCAAUGUUAUGGUAUUUAUAAAAAUAAGAAUAUAUCAAAUGCAUUUCUUAUAAAUAAGAAAGAGGAUGCAAGAAAAGAGUUUUCAUCAAACAUUAGAUAUAAAAGUAAAAUAUCAAAUCGAAUUAAUAAAUUAAAUGAACAUAUAAAUAAUAUUCAUGUGGGGCAAAUAAAACUAGGAUAUAUUUAUGAUAUUAAAGAUAAUGAUAUAUAUAUAAAAUUAAAAGAUAAAGAUAGAAAUGUUGUUAUAAAAAAGGAAAACAAUUAUUUAUUAGAAAAUAAACUACUUUAUGAUUAUUUGUAUGAUCGAAAUUUAAUAGAUGAUCUACUAUAUAAUAAAUUAUCAAAUGAAAAGAACUAUAAAGAAAUAAAUGAAGAACAUAAAGAUAUUCAAAAUCAUUAUAAAAAGGAGAUAAACCCUUGUGUUGUUCUAAUAAAAGAAGUGAACGAAAAAAAUGACGAAAUAUUAGGAGAAUUAUAUUGUAAUGAAAUUAGUAAAAGGAAAGAUAAAAUUUUUGAUAAACUUAAUGAAUUAAAAAUUAUGGAAAAAAAAAUUUUUAUAAAAAUUUUAAAGAAUGUAAGAAAUAAAUAUUAUCUUGUUUUAAUAAAUGAUUGUAUUAAAGGUUAUCUACUUUAUGAUGAAAAAUUAAAUCUCUCUGAUCAAUUACAUAAAAAUAUGGACACUUAUUAUAAUAAAAAAUUGAAUGAAAAAUAUGAUGACAAAAAAAAAAAAAGUAAAAAUAUAAAUAAUGAAAAUAUAUAUAAUAAUAAUUCAAAAAGGUUAAGUGCAUACAUUAUAGAUGUAAAUAAAAAAUUAGAAUACGUUUUCUUGUCUCUUGAUAAAUAUCCAGAAAAUAUAUUAAAUCAAAAAUUAGAAGAUAUACAACAUACUAUACUCCAAGAAAAUUUAUUUGAAAAUAAUUAUUUUAAAGCUGAAGUAAUAGAUUAUUGUAAUAAUGGAAAUAAUAUUAUUGUUAAAAUUUUUGAAAAUAAAAAUGCUAGUAUAAGAGUUAAAAUUAAAUCACACAAUAUUAUUAAUACAAGAAAUAUACUAAGAAAUUUUGAUUAUUUAAAAAAUAAAGUAUUAACACAUGAAUUCAAUAAAUAUUUUACAAAUAUGGAUGAAUCAGUUAAUCAAAAUAUAACAAAGGCAUAUGUAAAUAAAAAUCUAAUGAAUGAAGAAAUAAAUGUAAAGGAAAAAAAUAUUCAAACUGGAAAGAAUUAUUUAAAUGAUACAAACAGUAAAGAUAUUGAUAGUAACAAUCAUAAUGAUCCUAACAGUAGUGAUAAUAAUAAAUAUAAAAGUAUAUAUAAUAAAAAUAUGGCUAAAAAAAAAAAAGAUUAUUUAGAUAAAUUUAAACAAUUUAAAGAUCAAUAUUAUGGUUGUAAAGAUGUAGAUGCUCUAAAAUAUAUUAAUGUUGAUGAUUAUAUUUAUAAAAGAGAAAAAUUACUUUACGUAAGAAUUAUCAACAAAACUGUAGACAGAAAUAUAUAUGAAGGAAGUAUGGUUCAUUCAGAAAAUAUUAAUAAAAAUAUUUAUGAUAUUAUUAAACAAAUUACAAAUAAAAAUAAUAUUUGUAUUAAUUAUGAUGUAAAAUUAAGAUAUCCUUCAAAAGUUCUAGCAUUCUUCAAUAAUUUUGUUAUUCUUUCUACAAAAAUUUUGAAAACAGAUAUACUUACAGAUGUUAUAAAAAAUCAAGAAAAAAAUAAAAAUAAUGACAAAUCAAAACUUCCAAAUGUUGUCGAAAAAGAUGUUAUCACAUUAAUAGAAAAACGUUAUAUUGAUCAUGAAAAUUUAAAAGUAGGAGAUAUCUUCUUUUGUAGAUUUGAAAAUGUUAAGAGACAAAGUAUAAGAAAUGUAUUUAAUUUAUCAAAUAGCGCUAUUAUAAAUAUAUAUAACACCUUUUUUAAAAAAGAUAAAGAUUCUUAUGUACCACCUUCGAAAUAUAAAGAAGAACAACAUAUGUUGCAUCAAGAAAUCAAACAAAAAGAAAAAAAAAAAAAAAAAAAAGAUAUCAACGAAGAUAAUAUAAAGGCAGACACAAAUAUAGAUACAAAUACAGGUACAAAUAUUGACACCAAUAUUGAUACAAAUAAAGAUACACAUAUUGACACCAAUAAUGAUACAAAUAAUGUCUUACAAAAUAAUCAAGGACAUGAAAAUAAGAAAUCUUCCAUCGAAUAUUUAAACAAAAAUAUUAAUCAAAUUACAUUUGAAGAACUGUUCUUUGAAAAAUAUGAUAUCUAUUUUAUGAAAGCAGAAUUACAUAAAGAUACUGAAUAUAGAUUAAAUAAAAACAAUAUUGAUAAAAAUUUCAAAUUAUUGAAAAAUAUAUCUGAUAAUUAUCUUUCAGGUUUUAAUAAAUCUUAUGUAAAUUAUUCAAGUAUUCGUGAACAUUAUAUUCUUACUUAUUUAGGAGAAGAGAAUUAUAAAAUAUAUAGACAAAUUGUAUCUGAUUAUUUUUCAUCCAACGAAAAUUCUUAUAAAGAACUUCUACAAACAGACUGUCAAGAAUUGUUAUCAACCAUUUUUGAUAUUGCUCUAGAAAAUCCUAAUCAACUAAAUAUACAAAACAUACAAAAUUUUAAUAAACUCUUGUGGGAUAAAGUAAAGAAACUUAAUGUUAGUGAAUUAAAUUAUGUUUUACAAGAUCUCAAGAAAUUAAAAAAUAGAUUAUAUAUUUAUCCAUGUUCUUAUGAUAAUCAAAUUGGAAGGAUGAACCUUAUAUUAAAUAAUCAAAAACCAAUUAAAAAGGAACACAUACUAAAUCUAAAUGUAAACGAUAAUAUCAAAGAAUUAUUAAUAAAAGAAUACAGGAAUUUUAGAUUUCCCAUUGAUUAUAUAAAAGAAUUAAUUUUAAAAAAAAAAUUCUCUAAACAUAAAGACAAUGACAAAAUUGGUAUUAUUUAUAUUCUUGCAGAAGAAACUAUUAACCUCUAUGAAAAUUCAGCAAAGGAUGUAGAACCCUUUAGUGAAGAAGAACUUAACACUUUAAGAGCACAAGUUUUGAAGAAAUCAAAAAAAAAUAUUAUGGAAGGAUCAACUCAGGAAGAGGAAAAUUUUCAUUCCUCUCUUUAUGAUGUAGAAAAUAAUCAAAUUAGAAAAAUAUUAUAUAUGAUAAAAGAGGAUUUAGAAAAGCAGAAAAAGAAAAACAAAUUGGAUGAAGUUGACAAAGAAUAUGAAGAAGAACAGAAAACACAUAUAGAUGCCACAGAACUUCAUAAGAAUUUACCUGAGCUUGAAGAAAUGAAUAAAUUAUCUGAGGAUGUCUUUUAUAUGAAACUUCCAUUCGUUGAAUAA